AUGGGCGAGCAGAUCAGAGGCGCGACGAGCGCGGGUGGAGCCGUUCAAGGUCUCGUAGACACCAAGGGGAUCGGCAAGCCCACGACGCUGGGCGACGACCAAGAGAAGUUCGGCGCCUGGAAUCGCAAGAUGGAGAACUACGUGAUCGGCGUGUACGGAGAGAGUUUUCGCCCUGUUCUUCGGUGGGCAGCCGAAGCCGAACGCCCCGUGACGAUCGAGGGAGCUCGGGCGGUGCACGACGGAGUUCCAGAGCUGGAGACCAAGGUCAACCAGCUGUACGCGGCGCUGAUCAGCACGACGGCGGACGGCAGCGAGAGCAACGACCUCGUGACGGGCGCCCCCGACGGGAACGGUCUCGAAGCCUGGCGGAAGCUCCACCGCAGGUGGGAUCCGACGACAGGCCCGUGGAAGAGGCUGAUCCUGAGGUCGAUCAUCUCGCCUCCGAAGUGCAGCGCGGACGAGCUGGGGUCCGCCUUAGAGAAGUGGAUCCAGCAGAUAGGCAGGUACGAACGCCGCCAAGGAGAAGAUGGUCUGGCCGAGCUGCCGGAGGAUAUCAAGAUGGCGGCCCUCGAGAUGCUCGUGCCUCAGGACAUCGAGAACCACCUCGUCCUCAACAAGCAUCGGCUCGUCACGUUCCAGGACAGUCUGAACGAGGUGAUGACGAUCGUGGAGGCUCGGACCGGCAUGAAGAUCAAGGCGGCAGGCAGCCUGGAGGAGGAGCCUGAGGCGGAGGUCGCCGCUCUGGACCUGGGCAGCUUGGACUGCCUGGAGCUCGCCAGCGGCAACGGCCGCGGCGUAGCGGCGGUCGACCUCUCCCCCUUCGUGCAGGACGACUGGAUGAAGUUCAACUGGGACAGCGGUGCAGCUGUCUCAGCAGUCCCUCGGAGCUUCGCGCCGCCGACGGGAAUGAAGGGCAACGGCAGCACGUAUCGUACGGCCAGUGGUGAGCUCGUCCCGGACGAGGGCAGCUUGCAGCUCAAGGCGGAGGACGAGUACGGAGUGCUACGAGCACUCAAGGGACGCGUGACGAACGUGCACAAGCCGUUGAUCUCGGUGGGGCAGGCAGCAGGAGCUGGACAGUGUUCAUUCCUGGGCCGCAAUGGCGGCUGGAUAUUCCACGAGAAGAGCCCAAUCGGCAAGCGCGUGGUAGGCAUGCUCGAGAAGGAGGCGAAGGCGGCGAAGCACCAGAUGCUGCCGGUCUAUCGCGAGCAGGGUGUCUACAACUUCUACCUCAAGAAGGGCCAACAUGGCUCGGUUGCUCCUCUCGAGGAGGGACUUUCGGCAAAGUCGAAGUCCGAGCUGGUGGAGCUCCUCAGCGGCAAGUCGAAGGAGGAGCUGCUGGAGAUCCUCGAGAAGACACCAGCGGCAGCUGCUGCGGCCGACGCUUUGCCAGCUGCUCCUGAUGGACAGCAGGCCGACGAGGGCGAGGAGGAGGCUCGCCCGAGAGUGCUGAAGGCACCUCAUGAGCCCUCUCAGAGGGAGAUCGACGAACACGAGGCGAUGGGACACGCGACUUAUCGCAGCUGGUGUCGCGUGUGUAUUGCGGCAAAGGGCCAAGGCCAGCCGCAUCUCCGCGCACCGGAGGACGACGAGACGGCGGUGCCGGUGGUCUCGUCCGACUACGCCUUCAUGGGCCAGGACGACGCGGACACCAUGCCGAUGCUGGUACUUAGGGAUCGGCGCUCGAAGAUGAUGGCAGCGACAUUCGUGGAGAAGAAGGGCGACGACGCCUACGCCAUCAAGUUCUUUGCACGCUUCUUAAGGAUCCUGGGCUACAGGAAGAUCGUCAACAAGUCCGACGGCGAGCCAGCGAUCCUGCUGGUCAAGAGGCGUGCGGUGGAGGAGGUUCCUGGCCUCGAGGCCAUUCCCCAGGAAUCGGCACCGGCCGAUCAUCAGGCCAAUGGGGAGAUCGAGGUCACGGUGCGCGAGAUCAAGAAGCAGGUGCGGGCGCUCAAGAUGGACCUGGAGUCCAAGCUGGGCGUCAAGGUGGAGGACAAGCACCCGGUGCUAGCGCACCUGCCGGAGCACGCCGCAUCGGUAAUCAACCGAUACCGGCGCGGCCAGGAUGGCAAGACCGCUCUUCAGCGGCUCACGGGACGGCAGUGGAGGAAGCCGGUCCCGCUCUUCGGCGAGCGCUUGAUGGCGCGGUUCGCCGGGGAGCGCGCGAGGACGAACGCGCUGGAGGAGCAGAUGGUGGAGGCUCGCUACAUCGGCCACCACCCGCGCGACGGCUCGAUGAUGGUCAUCACGAGCGACGGCGUGAAGAAGGCGGUAGGCUUUCGCAGCCUGCCGCAGAGCGAGAAGUGGAUCACGGCGGGCUGGGAUGGCCUGAAGGGCCUGCCGUGGGACGUGGCUCCGCGUGCGGCAAGCGCGCCGCGGGCCAUCGUCGGACCUGGAGAGGUCGGACCGCCACCAAUUGUGGUGGCGUCGCCGCAGCCGCAGGCGCCGAGGAGGAUGUACGUCCUCAAGGCGGACGUCGAGCGGCUGGGCGCAACGCCGGGAUGCCCAGGGUGCGUCUCGAUCGCCAAGCACGGCCGGGUGCUGGCUGGCCACGCGCACAACGCGGUGUGCAGCAAGAGGAUCUUCGAAGCGCUGGACGCGGAGGAGGCAGGCCGGGAAAGGACCGGCCAGUAUCGAGAACGGAGGCAGGGCCAAGAGGCCAGAGUCCGACCAGCGGCAGCGGCCGCGGCAGGGACCCCUCCGCCGAAGACGGCUCGGAGGAUCACCGAGCCGGUGGCAGCGGCGGCAGCGGCAUCGGCCGCGCCGGCCGCGACCCGAUCGGCAGCAGCGCCAGCCGUGGCAGCCACAGCGGCGCGCAUGCGAGAGAGCCAGCCGGUAGCACCGGGCUUCGGCGUGGCGGCUCCUUCAGGAGGAGCGAGCUCCAGUUCGGGAGCGGCGCGAGCGGCAGAGGCCGCCGCGGAUGUCGACAUGACCGCGGCCAGGUCGCGGCUGAAGCGCUUGGCAGAGGUGGCCCCGGAUGACGUGCCGGAGGCCCUCGAGCGCGGUGAUCCACAGCCGGCAGACGUGCCGGUACCGGUGGACAUGGAGGAUCUCGCGGCGCAGCCGGCGCCCGCGGAAGGACCUCAGCUGCCAGCUGGAGUGGCAGUCGUGUGGAACGCCAGUGAGGGGAGGCACAUGCGGGUGCUCGCCCUCGAUGUGGCGUCGAUCGAGCUAGUUGAGCUCGGAGCGCUGACGAGAGCGAAGGCGGAGUUGCUCCCGCUCGUUCGCGAACAGGUCAGUGGCCAUUGGGCCAGCGCCGGCGUGGACAUCGCCGACGAAGAGGUGGACAGCAUCGCCCUAUCGGCGUUGCAGCUGGGCGCCGUGGACGUGGCCGAGGUGUACUCGCCACAUCGGUUCUCGGCUCGGGCAGCGGAAUUUCAGCUGCGCCCGGGCUUCGCGGCGGACCUGGAGGAACUCAAGGAGGACGGGGCGCCGUGGGACUUGCGGCGCCCCGAAGAUGUCAAGGAGCUCGAGAAGCAGCAGGAGCGGAUGGAUCCCAUCCUGCUCACGGGGUCCCCUCCCUGCGAGAAGUUCAGCUUGCUGAGGGGCCUGAGCGCCAAGUUCAGGACCGAUGAGCAGGAGGCGGCUGAGAUGGAGGAGGCCAGACACCACCUGAAGGUGGCAGUCGACGCCUACUGGCGUCAGCUCAGGAAGCCAGGCAGGUACUUCCUGCAUGAGCAUCCCUGGAGCGCGCGAUCGUGGAAAGAGGACAUCGUCAAGGAGCUGGUCGCGCAUCCAGGAGUCUUCACGGUCAAAGGCCCCAUGUGUCGGUGGGGCAUGAAGCUCACGAACCCACGCAGUGGUCAGGAGGAGUUCGUGCGCAAGGAGACCGGAUGGGUCACCAACCAUCCAGGCUUAGCCCGGAGGCUGCAGGGCACUUGCAGCAAUGUGGACGGCCGCGCGGACUGGCAUCGCCACAUCACGCUCGUGGGCGGCAUCGCGCGGUUCGCGAAGGUCUAUCCACCGAAGUUGGUAGAGGCGGUGCUGGAGGAGCUCAAGGACACGCUGAAUGACGUGGGAGAGCUCAGCACCGCCCAGGUGCAGCAGUCGGGCCCAGUCCCAGUGGAUGCGGCAGUGCCGCCCGGGGACUGGACGAGUUACUGGGACGACGUCAAUGGCGGCUACCUGGAGGCGGGCCUUGUUGCCCAGGCUCGCGCGGUCGAGCGCGAGUGGGUCAAGAAGCAGGAGCUGAUCGAGAUCGUCCCGAGGUCUCAGGCUUUCGCCGAGACUGGGCCACCGCUCCACAUUCAGGAGUCGCUUCGCAAGAAGGGCAGGAAGCCGGGCAACUUCAAGAUCGGCUUCUUCGACAUCAGCAGGGCGCACUUCUACGGGAAGGCGCAGCGGAGAAUCUUCGUGGAGCUGGAGGAGGAGAGUCGCAAGGAGUACGGCGAGGACAAGUGCGGCCUACUCCUCAAGUCCUGGUACGGCACGCAGGACGCCAGCAAGAUCUGGCAGGGCGACUACACGGAGCUGCUGGAGGAACACGGCUACAAGGCGGGCGUGUCGUGCCCAGCGGUCUUCUACAAGGAGGUGGACGAGACGAGGCUGCUGGGGCACGGUGACGACUUCGCGGUGCUGGCUCAGCAGCAGGACAUCGACAGCUUCGAGGCCACGCUGGGCAAGAAGUACGAGUUCAAGAAGACUGCGAACCUAGGCUUCGACGAGGGCGAUGACAAGCAGGCGGUCUUCCUGAAUCGGGUCAUCGAGGUCAGUGCGGGAGUUCCGCCUGGCGGUGGCCGGCCCUGCCGGCAUGCGAUGAUCGAGCCGGACACGCGGCACGCGGAGAUCGUGAUCGACGAGUUGGGUCUCAGCAAGGCCAACGGCGUGGACACGCCGAUGGAGAAGCGCAGCGCCGACAAGCAGAUGAUGGAUGCGAAGUCGGCGGCGUUGGGAGCAGCGGAAGCUUCGCGCUUCCGAUCCCUCACCAUGAGGGUGGCCUACCUGUCUCAGGACAGGCUGGACUUGGCAGAGGCAUCGAAGACGCUCGCUAGGUCCAUGCAGACGCCAACGGAGGCGAGCUGGCUCAUGCUCAAGAGGGUUGGCCGCUACCUUAAGCGGCAUCCUAGCACGGUGACGGUUUUCACGGAGCAGAAGAUGUUCGACAAUAUCCGGGUGCACGUGGACUCUGAUCAUGCAGGCUGUGCAGUCACGCGGAAGAGCACAGGAGGCUUCGUGGCGAUGCUAGGGCAUCAUGUAGUCAAGCACGGCAGCAACCUGCAGUCGACGGUUUCAUUGAGCAGCGGGGAGAGCGAGUACUACGCCCUGGUGAAGGGCGGGAGCGUGGGCCUAGGCCUUCACAGCCUCUUCGCGGAUUGGGGGCUGGACCUGAAGGUGGAGCUUGCCUCAGAUUCAUCGGCGGCCCGGGGCCACGUCCAACGGCGAGGUCUCGGGAAGAUGCGACAUGUUCAAUCACGGUACUUGUGGAUCCAGGAGCGUGUUGGCAAGGGCGACAUCUCGAUCGCUGCGGUUCCUGGCAAGAACAAUGUCGCGGACGUGCUGACCAAGAGCGUGGGUGGAUCCCUUUUGAGGAGACACAUGGCGACGCUGAAUAUCUGGGAUCGGGCACCGAGUUCGACUCAGAAGGACUUCAAGUGA